UUCUUCUUUUUGGGCCCCCGUCGUCGACGUGCUUUGCCACGCAUCGUAUUUUCACGCACGCACGCGGAGGCUGCAUUUAUUAAAAGCGAUACAUUAUGAUUCAAAGAUCAUAUCUUCGAUUCGUCUAGACGGUGGAGAGGGAGACACCCUAUAAAGUCGUACGUGGCUGCCCCUGAAACAAGCAGCCGAAUACAAGGUGCCUCCUCGAUCAUUUCUUCGCGCCUCCUCCGCGCCUCCGAUUUUCGUUUCCUUCGUUCGCCCCGCGAGCCACCACAGGGCUCGCGUUCCUCUCCAAACGUUCGCCUCCUCCCAUACGUUUCCAAUUUCCACCGCAAAUGAAAAUUCCUCCUUCCUCGAUGUCGCGUCGCGCCAAUUCACUCGUUCCCCGUCACUAGCCGUCAUCGCUCCUGCGACAAAUUUCGAUAAGUAUAUGCGGCCCAUCGCGUCCAGAAAAUUAGCUUCUCCUUACCGCUAGUUGUGCGCCUCGAUCGUACGACCGACGAUUGGAAACGAGUGGAGGAAACGAGUGGAGGCGAGUGGAACCGUUGAAAAAUUGAAACGAGAGAGGGAGAGAGAGAGAGAGAGGAAAAUCGGACGACGAUCGAAAAAAGAAAGAAAAAGAAAGAAGGAAGGAAGGAAGGAAGGAAAAGAAAGUGGAAGAAGAAGCGGGUGCGAUAAAGCGUCACGGAGAGAGAGAAAAGGCGGUCGUCCGCGGGAUUUCGGCGAGCGAGGGAAAGGGAUUACCACACGCGCGCGGCGGGUGGAGCGAGAGGAACAGACUUACCGAGAGAAAGAGAAAGGAGACGAAGGAGAAGAAGAAAAAAAAAACGAAUGAUCGUAGUAACACCGGCGCGUCUCCUCUCGCGGCUUCGUGCUUGUCUCGGAAUUAGUGAGUAGACAGAAUUAUGUCCGUGAGCAGGCCAGCUCGGCUCAGUUGAGACUUACUGCUCAGCCCGUGCACACGCAUGCCACGAAUCUUUCCUACUUACAUAUAUACCGCGGCUUCCUGAUGCGAUUAGACUAGUCCGCGAUCACCCGCCACUCCGUAUCACGGACCAGUUUGUUUAACACUUCUUCGUAACGCGGACACACCGCAACGUCUUUCCGUCUUGGCGUUCGCCUCAUCGUUCUCUGGGUCACUGGUUUCGAUACGGGAGGUACAACACGCGGUUUCGCAACACGUUUCCCACAUUAACACAUUCCGAUUCCUCUCUUCUUCGAGGGGGGUUGUAAAAUCCCUCGUGGCUCGUAAAUAUGGAGGCAUCCAUUGAGCGAUAACGGUGGCCGCAUUUGUCGCACGAACAAAGUGGUGCCAUUUAUCUUCUCCGCGAUAGAAUUUUGACAGAAAAGCAGACGAAAAAGAGCGAAGUGAGAGUUUCCCGCCUCUCCCGCCCCCUCCCCCUCCGCCUUUCACGAAAAAAUCGCCCAGUUGUCGUCAUGGAAUUAUUCGAGUUCUUCGUGCUGCUGUUGGUCGUCUCGACUAUGAACAGUGUAUCGUGCCACCAUCAUCAUCGCGGUAUCCACGUGGACGAUAAGAAAAAGGGGGACCCGAUGGACCACGCGAAAAGGUACACGGCCAGUGACAAUAAGAACGUGGUACUGUCCGAGGGCGAGAAGCAGAGCAGGGGCUCGAAGGGCGAGGAAAUUAAACGCACGGUCCCUUUUAGCGAGAGGAGGCUGGAGAAGAUGCUGGAGAAAGCUAUCUUAAAAAUAAUCACCGGUGAUCUUAGCACGGGCGAUAUGCUGCUAUUGAAAAGUCUGAAUUACAGUUUGGAGGAAGUUCUUGCGAUUCGCGAGAGGGAAUUGAGUAAGAAGAAGGAUGAAGAAUUGAGGAAGAAGGAGAGCGUGAAGUCUUGGACGAAAGUAUUGUACGGAGGAGGAGACGGAGAGAGAAAGGUUAAAAAUUGGAGUAAAAAAUCCACGGAUCGUCCCUUUUCGAGAAAUCCUCAUUUCGAAAGCGACAAACGAGAAGGUAAGAAGAACCGCCAUGUGGAUAGAUCACCUUCCUACAAGGAUUUUGACUUCGAAGCGUAUAAUCGACAGGCGAUCCUUGAUUACGAGAAUCUGCCGUCCAACAUGGAAUUUCAGCAGUCUUGGUCAGAAGCUACAGCUGUUGAUUACGAAGAGGUUACCAAAGCUUCCAAAGAGGAAGAGAUCGCGAAUAAUCUUCAUAGAGAUUUUGACAGGGUGAUGGAGCCUCACGUGGUCUUCAAGAUUCGAUACGAUGAUUCCGAAUUCGAUUCCAGCUCGAGUUCCGACGAAACGAGUAAAAAUCGUUCCAGGACAUCCAAACAUCACGAUUCUUCGACAACUACGAGACACGCGACUUUAAAAAAUGCCGGUAAUCCCUUUCAUGUAUCGACACCGCCAUCGAUGUCUUCAACUACUAUUGCUACUCUACCUCUGGUUUAUCAAUUGAGUAGCAUCAAUGUUAGGAGUAACUAUCUAAAUAAUGAUUAUUCUACUGCAGCCACAUCUUCGACAUCGAGUAGUAGCAACACUACGACGGAAAGUACCGUACCGGAUGAAAUUUUAAACGACAAAAAUGAAACGAAUAUCGACGCUCGCAUCAUCGAUUCUACCGAUAAAUCCGUAUCUGUCUUGAAAAAUGAAGAGAAAACUAAUGAAAAUAAAAAGAUUAGCGAGUACGAAGGGCUCGAAUGGGUCGAAGACGAUGUUUACAGAGUACUCCCCGAGUUCGUGGAUUCCCUUAGUUUCGAGAACACGGAGGAGAACGAAACGUCCGACUAUGAAGACUCUAGUCACGAUUCCCGACUAAAUUGGAACACAGAGGAGAACGAAAACAGCACGUUGGGGUAUUUGAACGACACUCCUGAUUCUGUCAAGCUCUUCGUAUCUAACAAUAACAUUUCUGCCGGCAAUCUUCCUUUGGCGAAUCUAUCGUCAUAUCUACAAGUGGCUAUUGCCCAUCGACGAGGAGGAAACCUAACCUCAAGCUUCGACAGCCAAGGUGAAAAAGCCAUUGAGGAUAUCAAAACACGAGUUUUAGCACUGACGGGAAGGUUCAACCUCAGUACUGAUGCUAAUCAAGUCCAACGAGAAAGAUUGACAAUGUUUUCGCCAACCUGUCAAAUUCCACGUAACACAGAUCAAGAUGCUUGGACGGAUUCAUUCUCUAUGAAUAUGCAUUUUCAAUUGAACUUGACUUCGAGUGAUCAUGUGAUAGCUGCCAAAUUACGGAUAUUUAAAUUACCGCAAGAAAAUGUAACGUUCUCUUCAGAAAGUACGUUUGACGAUGAAGAAGAAGACGAAAAAAAAAUUAGAAUAUCGGUCUAUUAUUACACGAAAACUUUGAAGAGGCAUCGAUCGAAGAAACGUUUGAUGGAUUCGAUAGUGACACCACUCACGUUUAAAGGUACUCAUUUAGCGUUAGAUGUUAGACAAGGUCUCCGAUUCUGGAGAUUGAAUCCACGAAACUCUCAUGGAAGCGGAAGUAAUCACGGUCUGGUAAUCCAAGUUGAAGAUCAAGAUGGCAGGCCAUUGAAACCGGCUCUAUAUAUUCAGCAACCGUCUUGCGUGGAUCAGGAUUCAGAUCAGAAGGCAUACCAGCGAGUACCUGCACUCUUCGUACGAGCCUGUACUCGUUACGUUCGUAUCGUAAAUGGCAAAACGGAGACAUACGUCAAUUGCAGGCAUUAAAAUGGAAGAAAAAUAUUUAGAUGUUAUAAGAAAGUAGUAAAUUAUUGUACUUUAUGUUUUAAAAAA